AUACUCCCAACGAGUCGAUCAGGCGAUCAUGAAAUUGAAUAGAACGCCGACGAGUACAAUUUUGUUUUGUGAUUUUGUCAUUGUUUUCAGUUUUCUUUGCUGCAGUGUACGUGCAGUGUUGUGGAAAUAAAAUUGGCUUUUCAAUAUUCAUAAUUCAUUCUAGAGCAUUGUUCCUUAAUAUUAUGAAAUUGAAUGGUAAACUUUAGUAAUGGAGGAAGAACACCAGACUUGGAAAUUCAGAGAUGGUGAAGGAGGACGAGGGCGUGGUCAUCGCAGGGGUAGACCUGGUAACAGAGGCGCUGGUAGAAACCCGAGGCAUCAGUCUCUUAGCGGUCGAAACACUAAUAAUAAUAGAUUGUACCGCAUGGGUUCGGAGCAAACUUUAGAUCCAAACCAUCCCACGUUAUUUGAUAGAUUUACGCCCAAUGUCGGGGGACAUCGCGUGGGACCACCGCCCCAGCGUCCUAAUACAAAUACUAAUAACGACAACCAACACAGGAGACAAAAUAACAGUUCAAGACCCAAUGAUCGCACCAAUGAUCAGGGUUUUCGUUCAAGAAAACCCCAAACUAUGGGCUUUUUGAUGCUACAAAACCUUGCUAAAUCAGAUAGUAAGGAAAUCAUAUCUCAAAUUAACGAUAAAAAGGAAGCAUUCAUGCAUCUCUUACAAUCACCUAUAGAGAGGACGGAUAUAUUUGCUUUGAUUUUAGAAUUAUUGGCGAAGAUUUGCCAGUCCUCUUUUGAUCAGAUAAAACUGACAAUCCUGUUGGACGUAUGCAAUUCGCCAUUUAUAUCUAGCUUGCGAAAUUACAUGAUGGAUCUGCCGUAUGUUGAACGCAAGUCCGCUAACAACAUGUAUUGGAAAAGUCCAAAUGAAUUUUGGGAAAACUUUUUGAAGUUCUGUGAUUGCUUAACUACUUUAUCCCCAUCAACAGCUUUUACUAAAUGCAGGUCUCUCAUAGAAGGAACUUCUAAAGUGUGUUUGGAGACUUUGGCUGAAAGACACAGUUAUCAAUUACCUGACAAUUGCAAUUUGAUACUGAUAAAAUUACGCGAAGCAAUGACAGAGCACGAAAAAGAGAAAACAGUGAUUGCGAGCCAGCGCAAAAACCCGCGUUUGGAAGAUGAAGCACAAGAGCCGCCUGAGAACUUUAGGGAGCUUAGUGUUAUACCUCGACGAGGCGACUUGAUCGAUGAGCGCGCUUACCUCCGCGCCAACGUCGUGAAGGGCGGAUAUCGGGACGUCGAACACUAUCUUGACGUGCAGUUUAGAUUGUUCCGCGAAGAUUGCUUCGGCCCGCUUCGAGAGGGGAUCCGUCAGUUUAUACACGAUCCAACAAAAAGGAAAUACGACCACAUAAGAGUGUUCCGGAACGUAAAGUUCGUUGAGCCAUAUGUAUCGUCGCAGAAAGUUGGCUCAUUGGUAGAAUUCGAUGCGAGCACAAAGAAACGUUUUAAAAAAAUGAACUGGGCUCACAACAAGCGUUUCAUUUUCGGAUCACUCGUUUUGUUCACGAAGGACAAUUGUAAGACGUUAAUUGUGGCGACAAUACUGGACAGAGACCUUAAAUAUCUUGAUAAAGGAAUGAUUCCAGUAUCAAUGGUUGAUGCAGAAAAUGGAGAUGAUUUGUAUAAAAACGAGACGUACACUAUGAUUGAAAGCGAAGUAUACUUUGAACCGUAUUAUCAUGUACUUAAAGCUAUGCAAGAUCCUGCUUUUCCGAGACAUAUAGCUAUGCAAAAAUAUAUUGUUGAAGUCAACCCUGAGCCCCAGCAUCCAGCAUACGUCAAUGAAGAGAGGUCAUAUAUUGUUGAAACAGAACUCAAUUUGAAUGCAAAAUUUAAAGUGUUAGAUUUUAACACUUGGCCAAGCAGUGACGAAUUAAACUUCAAUGACAGUCAAUAUGAAGCUUACAAAAUGGCUCUUACCCAUGAGUUUGCAGUUAUACAAGGCCCUCCUGGAACCGGCAAGACAUAUUUGGGUGUAAAAAUAGCUAAGACGUUAAUACAAAAUCUAAAGGCUACAGGAAAUCUUCUACUUUUAGUGUGCUACACUAAUCAUGCUCUAGAUCAAUUUUUGGAAGCAAUUUUACCGAUCACCGACUCGAUUGUGCGAAUCGGCAGUCAGUCUCGUAACGAGGCCAUGGAGAAGAUCAAUUUGAAUAAUAUACGGAAAUGUGAACAAAGGACACAAAGUUCAAGUCGCAGACUUUUCUUUGAGAAAAGGCAAGACUUAAAAGAGUCUAUUCUUAAAUUAAAAAGAGCACAAGAACAGAUUGAAUCCUUAAACACUAGCGUCCUCAGUUAUAAGUAUAUUAAAAACUUUGUCCCUGAAAGUAUUAUUCUCGGUGAAUUUUAUAAAGGAGAUAAAGGGAACUUCCAAGAUCCCUUAAGCUGUUGGUUGUUUGAAACUGUUGUGUACGAUUUCAAUGAGCCCAUUCAUUUAGAAGAUGCAGAGAAUGAAAUUCCUAAAUUUGCUUCAGUUGAUGAUACCAAUGAUGGAAGAAAUUAUGUUAGUUUGGACGACUUGGAACUGGAAAAUAUUGGUGGAACCAACAUAAAUUUUGAAACUUCGUUCUCGAUGAAUAAAGCUCAAACGCAGAUGAAGUAUUUGAUGUCUUGCUAUAGGAAUCCUAAAAAUAGAGAUGAAGAGUAUAAUGUGUAUAGAGAGAUUAUUGUGUUGAGAUCAUUAAUGAGAAUGUUUAAAGAGAUGCGAAGAUAUUACAACGAAGGUGUUGAAGUUAGCAAUCAAGCUAAUAUGCACAAUCCAACCACCGUUAUGCCAGUAGAUCGCUGGAUGAUGUAUUUUAAGUGGACAAAUUAUGUUGCAAAUGACCUUAGGGAGAAACUACCACCCCUACAGGAUUCUUUAAAAACAGUUAGUGCUGUAUACGAAGAAUCUAGAAUGAUCAUGGACUAUGAGUUGUUAAAGAACACGCAAGUUAUUGGCAUGACUACUAGUGGUGCUGCCAGGUUGAGGAAGCUUAUCAUGGCUUUGGGUGCACCGAUAGUCAUAGUGGAAGAAGCUGCAGAAGUUUUGGAACAGCACAUUGUUACAUCUUUGACUAAGAAAUGCCAACAUCUGAUUCUUAUCGGGGAUCACCAGCAGCUGAGGCCAUCGGCGUCAUACAUGAAACUAGCGAAGCAUUACAACAUAGAGGUUUCAUUGUUCGAGCGCAUGAUCGUGAACGACAUGCACAGUCGGCGCCUCGCGGUGCAGCAUCGGAUGCGGCCGCAGAUCUCGGCGCUGAUCGCUCCGGCCAUCUACAGCGACCUACAGAACCACCCCUCGGUGCACGACUUCCCCAACGUGAGAGGCAUCACUAACAACGUCUUCUUUAUGUCCCACAAUUACAAGGAGGAGGUUGUGGAUGAUAGUGCAAGCAAAACAAAUGAACAAGAGGGAGAUUUGGUCCUCGGUUUGGCAAACUACCUUAUGCAGCAAGACUACAAACCAGAAGACAUCACAAUUUUAGCUGCAUACUCUGGCCAAAUGUUUUACAUGAGAAAGCAACGUUCUAAAUAUGUUUGGUUAUCUAAAGUAAAAAUCACAGUCGUGGACAACUACCAAGGCGAAGAGUCAAAAAUAAUUCUACUGUCUCUCGUAAGAAAUAAUGAUGAUAACAAAAUUGGGUUUUUGGGUACUGAGAACCGUAUCUGUGUGGCUUUGUCCAGGGCCAAAGAAGGAUUUUACAUGUUCGGCAACAUCGAUAUUUUGAAGAACAACUCACCUCUUUGGACAAAAAUCGCUGCCACACUUGAAGGUUUUGGAUCGCUUGGUACUGGCAUACGACUAAUGUGCGAGAACCACAACAACCAAAUAUCAAUCAUUUCAUCACCGUUGGACUAUAGCAAAGUACCUGAAGGCGGAUGUCUGCUGAAGUGUAACUACAACCUGCCGUGUCUCCACGCGUGCCCGCUCAUGUGUCACGGCUACGACCGCGCGCAUAACGAAACUAAGUGCCAGCUCAAAUGUGAAAGAGUUCUGUGCGAACUUAACCAUGUAUGUCCGCUUAAGUGCAUGGAGGAAUGUGGACCAUGCAAGAUAAAGGUGUUGAAAACAUUGCCAUGCGGUCAUCAGAUGUCGGUGUACUGUCACUUGGAGCCUAACGAUCCCAAAGUGCUAUGCUUGACUGUGGUCGCUGCCAAGUUACCAAGCUGUGGUCAUGAGGUGAAGAAGUCUUGUUAUAUGGCGGUUGAGAAGGUGUCGUGCCCCGUGCCGUGCGAGUACAGAGUGGACAAGUGCGGGCACGUUUGUACACGCAAGUGCCACGUCAACGAUGACGCGGACCACGAACGGUAUUUGUGCCAAAAGCCUUGUGCCAAGACUAAGAAAGGGUGCACAACGGUGUUGGAAGGUGAAGCAGGCGACCACCAGUGUGUGAAGAAGUGUCACGAGGAAUGCGACGAUUGCAACGUAGAGGUGGAGAAGAAGAGAUCGGCCUGCAAACACAGGGAGCGCGUCGCGUGCUCCAAGAGUCCGGACGAGAAGCCGUGCCGCAAGAAAUGUGCGCGCGUCCUUCCUUGCGGACAUUUCUGCAAGAAACUAUGCUUUGAACCCUGUGGAACCGAUUGCAAACAAAUGAUGAAGAAGAAGAUACCGGGAUGUGAGCACGAAGUGUCGCUAGAGUGCGGGCUGGAGCCAGCGCACGUGUACUGCAGGAAGAAGUGCGAGCGCGCGCUGCCGUGCGGCCACCCGUGCUUAGCGCGCUGCGGCGAACUUUGCGAUGCGGGUACCUGCAAACAGCUGCUGACGAUGCAGUUCCAGUCGCCCUGUGGCCAUAGAGUGCAACUGCCGUGCAGCGUCUAUGCUGCUGCGAAGGGUACCGGCAUAAAGGAAGAACUUCUGCUACAAUAUUGCGCGGAGCCGUGCGGCGCAGAGCUAGCGUGCAGUCACGCGUGUGCGGGCUCGUGCGCGCGCUGCAGGCAGGGCCGGCUGCACGAGCCGUGCGCGCAGCCCUGCCACCAGAUCAACAUCUGUGGCCACCAGUGCGCCGAGCCUUGCAACCAGGUGUGUCCGCCGUGCAGGAAGCCUUGCGAGGUGAAAUGCGGCCACUCGAAGUGUCGCCGCGACUGUGGCGCCCCCUGUGUGCCUUGCCAGGAGCAGUGCAGUCGCAAGUGUCCGCACGGCGACUGCAAGCGGCGCUGCGGCGAGCCGUGCGUGCGUGCGGAGUGCGUGCGGCCGUGCGCGCGCGCGCUGCGCUGCGGCCACCCGUGCCGCGGCCUGUGCGGCGAGCGCUGUCCCGACGUGUGCAAGCAGUGCCGUCCCGAUGACUUCCCCACUGACUUCCUCGGAGAUGAAUACGACGACGACGCCCUGUUCAUCCUAUUAGAAGAUUGUGGACAUGUGAUGGAAUUUGAGAACAUGGAGAACCUAAUGAAGGGCGACAGUGAGCUGAUAGCUAUCCGCAGUUGCCCGUACUGUCGCAAACCUAUCAUCAACACGCCGCGAUACAAAGAUAUUGUUAACCAUAUGUUGAAAACCGAGAUCAAUCCCAUCAAAGAACGGGUCUACGGGAAUUUAGAAAGGAUUAUUGAAAGAAGAAGGGAGCUGCAAGAAGUAGUUGCGAAGUUUCAUACCACUCACAACAGAAUAUAUACAGAUACCGGAUUCUCGCAUUGGAAAACAGCAUUUGAACAAAUGUUACUGGUUGUGAAGUCAAAGAAGAAGUGUUCACUGCUACAACUGGAUAUGUACUUCAUUUAUUUGAACAUUUUGGAGUUGCUGGCGGAUGUUCACAAGAAAUAUAGAGAGUUGGGUCUGGUGCAGUUGCAAGAUAGUCUGGUGGAACAAAACAAGAUGAUAUGUAGAGUACUCUUGAAAAAUGUACACAAGAUCAGCCAACAACAACAAGAAGAUAUAGGAAAGGAAUUGAAGCGCAUGAAUACCAUACUGAUACUGUCCAAGAUCCUGAAUCACCCAUCUUACCGUGCUAAUGAAAGUAGCCCUGCUGUGAAAGUGGCUGCGAACACAGCUAAAGCAGUAAUUUUGAAAUGGGGAAUAUAUGAGCAUGAGAAAUCCAGAGAAGCUCUAAACGAACUUCAGAAAGCAAUCAAAGUAAGCGGUGUUAUUUCAGAACAAGAAAAGCAACUAAUCAUUAGAGCCAUAGGCGCCAAAGCAGGAUCGUGGUACAAAUGUCCGAACGGUCACGUGUACAGCAUCGGCCAAUGUGGUGGAGCUAUGGAAGUGGGCCGGUGUGUGGAGUGCAAAGCCCAGAUCGGUGGAUCGAACCACAGGCUGUUGUCGACCAAUCAGCACGCUGGAGAUUUCGACAAUUCCAGAUACGCUGCAUAUUCUGAAGAGGCCAAUAAUAUGGCCAAUUUCGAUUUUUAGAAUUUUUAAUUUCUUUUGAAGUGCUUUUAGUAAUAUCGACAAAGAUUGUAUAGUAUAAAAUAUUGUUGAAUUCUAAUAUGUUUUAUCCAAAGAUUAGUAGUUGAUUUAAUAUUCCAGACACAUACCUACUUACCUAUUACCUACCUAUGACUUGAUUAAAACUUGUUAGUUUUCAACAUAGAUUUCUGCUAGUAUUCAGUCUUUUAGUGAUUGUAACGUCAAAAAUUAAUUAAUUAUUGUUAUUAGUGUUAUGUUUCAAUUAUACCUAUAAUUUUAAAUGUGUUAAUUUUAACUACAACUUUCAUUGUAUUUCGCAUUUAAAUUCUUAUCACUUGAUUAUUAAUUAACCAAUUCAUUACCUAUUUAUUAUUAGUAGAUUGUUAUACAAGGGGCUAAAACGACCCAUUAUAAUAUAAGGUUGACUCGCCUAAGAUCGUAAGUGACCUAAGAACGGAUGUAUAGAUUUUACCGCAAAAAAAGCAAUAUUUAUCACGGGUGGCAACAUAGUUUGGUUCGCCAUUUUAUUCUGUUCCGCCCCACAUACCGCGAACGGCGUUCUGAUAAGAAAGACGUCAGACGUGUGCACCGAAGUUUUAAAAAAAAAAACAACGUUUUCAACAAAAUUUUAGCGAUCCUGGUCUUUGCUCCCAAACUUUGUUUCAAGAUUAUGGCUAUUAUUUAUCAUUUUAUUGAUUUUAAGAUGAAUAUUGCGUAGUUUUAGCAAAUGCUCUAUAGAUUUGUAUACUUUAUUUUCGCCCAGGACGUUUAUAAGCCCAGAUCUGGACUUCUCUCCUCUUGCUGAACUACAAUAUUAUACUACGGACUAUAAUAUUCCGAUCUUGGCUCUUGAAAAAUUACAGCGUUUCUCAAAGUAUUCGGAUCGAAAUAAAUUCCUUUCUAAAUUAGUAAAAUAUAUUGACACUAGUAUUUUUUCAGAUAGCAUGGAUACGGUGAUAGUUGCCUUAUGACAUCCAUACUAAUAACGUGAAAUACGACCAACUUUCAAGAGUGAAACUGCAGAAAACAUAUGUACAAGGCGAAAUUAACUGUCACCCGCACCAUGCUCUAAGAAACGAACGGUAAUUACCGUUCUUAGAAUAAAAACGCAUAGUAUCUUCUUCUUUAAUUCAUUAUUAUCUAUGUAAAUGAUGAUUUUUUAGUUUACCUACUAUAAAACAUAGGAUUGAAAAUGGCGUUACGUCUGUGGCACACUGCUUCAUUCCCAUUCCUAUCUAAAUUGGUAAUAUGUAUAUCUUAUAAAGAUAAUAUAUACCCUAAGUAUAGAUAUACCCUCAGAUUUUCCCCCCUUGUUUACGAAUAUCUAUGUAUACCCCGUCUUACUUCUCAGUCUUGAAAAUAAUGUUUGAGAAACUCAAUUAAACUCUUUUCAGGGCGAGGAGGGAAGAUCGGACUAAAAACGCAUAAAAUAAAAGAACCACUUGUACUUUUUAGAUCACGCGGAAUUAUACGAUGACUUUAUGAUAUGUUAUUGCCAACUAAAGACCGGGUAUAUUCCUAUUGUGCACUCUACUGCUGUAGCUACAGAGGUGGAAUUAAGAAGUAGUCCGAACUUAGACUUCACACGGGUUUUUUGAAAAGAAGUUAGAAAAAAUAUUCCGUCACUUUGAAGCGUGUCUCACACAAUUUAUUUCAUCUAACAAAAAUAAAAGGUGGAUCAGAUUAUUGCUUUCAUUGCAAAUAACUUCCACUAUCACUUCAGAGGAUAAUUAUUGUUAUACAAAAAAAAUGCGUGCGUACAAAGUACACAUGUCAGAAGUGAAACUUCUUUGGCGAACUAAUUUAUAAAUCUUGUUUAUAUUUUAUACAAAUCUAAAACUUUACAUUUCCGAGACUAAGAGGAAGGGAAAAGGAAGAUAGGUUAGGAAUUUAACUGUCAUUAAAAUAUAAAAAGUGUUGAAAAUUAAUGUAAAUUAUAAUUUUUUUUUUAAUUUUUUUCUUUAAUAUUUACAUUGCGCGGUUUCUCUCUCUCGUCCAAUCUUUCUUACUAUAGCUCUCUCCCACCUCUCACUCCAUAGCACUGUGCGUGAUACGACGUUCGCUCUGUCUCGCUUUUUCUCUCAAUCUUUCUCAUUUGCUUGCUCUCUACUCUCACUCCACGGCUAUAGUAUGCGCGUUAUCAUCUGAGUCGUCCGGUCAUAAAAGUCAAAAAAGAUAGGAAUGUGCAGCGCGCCUACCUGCGCACCCUAAUUAUCGAUAAACGGCUACCUGCGCACGUGCUAAUGAUGAGUCAAUAAUGAUUUGGACGAUUCUGAUUGGUCGGUUUCUAAUGUAAUUGCAUUGCGUAUUUUUUUUGCUAUAAAUGUGUUUACUGCAAUUAAAUAAAUACAUUCAUGUGUUACUCGUUGCGCACUAUGGAUACUAAUAUAUAAUAAAUUUGGCAGAAGACGAAGAUUCUGAUGAUGAAGACUCAGAUGAAGAUUAAUUUUAUUUAGUUAAUAAUUAUAUAAUAUGAAAUAUGUAUUAUAUUAAAUCAAAUAUUGUUAAUUUUUUUAAUUUUGUGAACAAGAUACGAUAAUAAACUUUACUUAUCGAUAAUAUGUCUUUCAUUGUUACACCCUUCACUAGACGGCUCCAUAAGACCCAUAAGUGCAAGCGAGAUAGAUAUAGAGAAAUGAUUUAUGGCCCUAAGACUCAGUUGUUAAUGCUAUUAGUAUAGUUGCUUCAUGCUACGUUCGCCCUGUCUUACUCUCUCUCAAUCGGGUCUCGAUCGCUCUCUCUCUUUUUGGACACUUCUGUUGCAUACCGGCGGCGUGACGUUACAUCUGUAAUAAUUUUACACUCAUGCGCCUAAAGAAGUUUCACUUCAAAAAUUAAAAAAAAAUAUUCCUACGCGGUCGUAAUUUGACGAAAAAUAGUCCGAUCUUAGGCGACUCUACCUUACGAGGUAUUUUUUACCUCGUAAGGUAGAGUAUAUAUAAACCAAGUUUAUAAUGGGUUUAGCCCCGCGUGUUACACUAUAUUUUUCACUAAUAUUACGAGAAAAUAAAAUAAUUCCGUACGGUAA